CAUGUUUUUGUCGUACUUGAGGCAAUCGGUGCCGAGCCGCUUCCCCUCAGGUGAUGAAAAUAUAUUUGAGAUUUUGUCCAAUAUCAUCACAAUUAGAAUUCGUUAAUAGACUCGAACUAGUAUUUAUUGACGUUGAGUUGUUCGCGAUGGUUGGAGCAUGAUUAACUUGGACGCAGUUUCUACAAAUUCUGGAAGAUGUUCCGAUAAAUCAUCGCGCUGUUAAUUUGAGCUAGUGUGACCAGUUCGCGCAAGUGAUAAUAAUGGGUGAUUGCGACGAAUUGAAGGACGAGGACAUAAUAAUAAACGAUCAAGAUGGUCUUCCCAACAUCCAUCCGAAUCUCAAGGGUGACCCAAUGGACACUGAGGGCCUGGAGAAUGAAGCAGAGGAUGAGUUCGACGAUCUGCCCUCAUCGCUGAUUGUCACCAACAUUCACGACUCUGUCUUUGUGCAACCAGACAAGAAGAAGGAAAUGGAGGAUUUGUUUCGAUUGUUUGAUGAGGCCGUCACGUUCCAAUGGCUGCGGUCGUUUCGCCGGUUGCGUGUUAAUUUCGUGACCACCUUGGCGGCCGCAAAUGCACGCGUCCAACUACACCAGCACAAGCUGAAUGAAUCUACAAUCUCGUGUUAUUUUGCGCAACCGGUGACGCCCGUGCGCAAUGCAUCACUGCAACCACCGAAGCCAUUCAAGCAGUUCCUCAUCUCGCCACCCGCCAGCCCGCCGCUCGACUGGGAGCCGCGGCCAGAAGGCGAACCGAUUCUCAACCAUGAUCUGUUGGCAGCAUUGGCAUCGCUUGCACCGGGCGCUUCGCAUGAACUACACCCGCCCUCGCCCGGCCAGCCUGCUAUUGUGGUGCACACGGCGCUAGCUGCGGCUGCUGCUGCCGCCGCAGCUGCAGCUGAUGCGCCCCCGAAGCAACGAAUCGCGCACACCGCCUGCCCGGAGCGGUCGUCGUAAACAACUCUUUUCUGUUCUCCUUCUUGUACUUGUAUUUAUUGAAUAAUCUCCUAUAUCAUAAUAUGAAUGUUAUUGAAAUUUUAA